UUUUAAUGUGUAGUGUUGAGUGUUUACACUACACACUACAUAAGAGACUUUAGAGUGAGCUCCAUACUGGUGGCUCUGUCCUUUGUUUCUGAGCUGGUUACAGAAGGUGUGUGCUUUUUAUUGAGGUUGUGACUGUGCCGUACUAGACAAUUAAAAUAUUAAAUGUGAGGUGGGAAAAAUCAUACAUGUUAAAAACAAACAUUAUGCUGAUGUGAUUAUUCAGAAAGGAAACUGCACAAUAUAUUUACAUACAACACAAAAGAACUGUAAAAAUGACGCAAUCACAACAGGUCAAGAAAAAUUUACAAUAGCUUUGUCCCAGUGGUAUUACUAUGAAUUGCUGUAUUUUUGUAAGAUAAAAAGCAGAGAAGCAAAAAACAAUUGUUGUUUAUACACUGUGUGGUUAGUGUUAUGUAGUAUGUUUAGUUGAAGUGGUUCAACAAGUCUUGCAUAAUCAUUCUCCUCUCCUUUUGAUUUUACUUUAGAAAGGAAACUGCACAAUAUAUUUACAUACAACACAAAAGAACUGUAAAAAUAUGAGUAUAUGAAAGCAUAACUACACCAAAUAAUUACAUUUGGGUAUUUUCAGUAAUGCAACAAUUAAAAAUAGGUCACUUUGAAGACUGCAUCUGUUAAAGGCUGUGUAGUUAAAUUGUUUUAGAUAUAUAAUUUGUAUGACAAAUUGGUUCCAGUUGACUGGAUUAAUUUGGUUUUGCCCACUGAUAUUCCUGUUCUGCCUAAUUACUCCGCUUAAUGUUAAUGUUAAGUUACAAUUAUCUGCUCAGUUUGUUGUUUCUCACUUUUCCAAAUACAUGGGCAGGGCAUUUACCAGAACUGGUAGCAGCUGACUUUCAGUAACACUAAAUAGGAGUGGCAAUAACCAGUGUGAACCACAGUCAUUAAUUGUGAGGGAUUUUCCACUGAGCAAAAAGAAAGGUACAUUCUUUCAUGUAGUUGACAUGCCAUCAUUCAUUUUCUUCUGUCUAUAUACACCUAAAUCAUACACACCAGAGGCUUCAUUUUUAUAUCCGACUACUGAGGAAAUAUGCGUAUCCAGAAUUUUUAUUUUUACAUGUUUCUUUCUCUCUUCGGUCUAGUUUCCUCAGAUGAGGAUUACUUCCAAUCUAGAGCAUGCUGUACUUUCAAAGGUCCACACUUUGAAGAUAUGGAGUAUACACGUAUAAUCAGUUUGAACAAGAUUGCAGUGUUGGAGUACAACCAUACGAGGGGCAGCUGGAUUGGAUUUACACCCUACACAAUAGAACUUGCAAAAUUUUGGAACCUAAAUCCAUUUGGCACGAGGGAAGCAAAAGCAUUGUGUUUAAACAACCUUGGCUACAUCCAAAUCUUAAGUAAUGUUACAUAUAUACCCACCAUCAGAGUGAAAUCAGUAAAGCAGUAUAGUGGUGGACAUCCAGCCAUGCUUGUGUGCAGUGCUUUCAACUUUUAUCCGAAACAAAUCCGAAUGACGUGGUUGCGUAACCAAAAGGAAGUUACUACAGGUGUCAGUUACUCUGAAGUGAUGCCUGAUGGAGACUGGUACUACCAGAUUCAUUCUUACUUGGAAUACACCCCAACUCAUGGAGAAAAAAUUACCUGUGUGGUUGAACAUUUAAGCAUCUCUGAGCCAAUACUUGCAAUUUGGGAUCCUACCCUUCCUGUGGCUGCACGAAACAAAAUCAUUGUUGGAACAUGUGGACUCUUGCUUGGUUUUGUUAUUGUGAGCUGUGGAUUCAUUUAUCACAAGAAAAAGUCUUCUGUAUACAAUGCUUUCUGUCAAGGACGAGUGCUGAUUCCUGUGGAACACCUGCCUACAGAUGGAACAACUUAACAGUCACAACUGAAGCCAUGUCUAUUGUCACUUAAAAUUCAAAAUUUUCACAGUGUAUGAAAAGCUCUUCAGAGAGUGUUGCAGAAUGAUUCCUAAACAUAGAAUUUAGUUUUCAUUUUGCACUUCUGAGUUUCAUCUUAAAGCAGGUCUGUGUUUAACACAAGCCUUCACAUCAUGUUUUCAUGUUUUGUUUGGUGGUGAUGUUGACUGUGAAGGUAUUUCAGUUCAUUUAAAUCCUAAUAUCACCAUUUAUGAUUGUAUUUACAGUAAUUUGUAAAGAUUACCUUGCUCAGCAAAAUAUACAUAUUCUACACUUUUAGAUAUUAUUGAUUUUUUGUUGGGGGAACCUGGGUAAUUCUAACUUCCUGGUUGAGCUUAAAAUGUCUUCUCAGAUUACUCUAAUUGUAUUAUAUUUCUGUGUUUAGCAGCAUACCUAAUAUAUGUUUGUAUACAGGUAAUGCAGCAGUUUUAUGGCUGGUUGGGUCUGUAAUGUUCUCCAAAUACUACUAUAGUAAACUAUUGCUUUCAUAUCAAUAUGAA